AUGGAAAGCAGUUUGACCUUCGGAAUCUCGUUCGCAGGGUUGACUCUAACGAGCUUGCUGCUCGUCUCGCUGGCCUUGGCGGCUGCCACUUUGGACAUUGAUCUGGACAAGCAUUGGACGAUGUGGAAGAAGACUCACAAGAAGUGGUACAGCAGCCAGCUGGAAGACCUUCACCGGCGAGGAUUGUGGGAAAAGAACCUGAUGCUCAUCACGCUGCACAAUUUAGAAGCUUCCAUGGGCCUCCACAGCUAUCAACUCAGCAUGAACGUUCUGGGAGAUCUGACGCCAGAAGAAAUCCGUCAGUCUUUCGCUAACUUAACUCAUCCCACCGACUUCCACAAGCUGUCCUCUGAUUGGUCGGGCGGCCAAAUGGCGGACAUUCCAGAGUCAAUCGACUGGAGGGAUCAGGGAUACGUGACAAGCGUGAAAUUUCAGGGCUCCUGUGGUUCUUGCUGGGCCUUCAGUGCGGCGGGAGCUCUUGAGGGCCAGCUAGCCCGGACCACGGGCCGCCUUGUGGAUCUCAGCCCCCAGAAUCUGGUGGACUGUUCGGGCAAGUACGGCAACCGCGGAUGCUACGGCGGUUUUCUCGACGGAGCCUUCCGCUACGUGAUCGACAAUGGCGGUAUCGAGUCUGAAAAAUCUUACCCGUACACGGGACGCGCUGGACCAUGCCUCUACAAUGCUGCCCAUCGCGCCGCCAACUGCUCAAGCUACCGCUCUGUGGCGCAGGGCGACGAGGGCGCCCUCAAGCGAGCGAUCGCCCUGGUGGGACCCGUCUCGGUCGGCAUCGACGCCUCCAAGCCCAGCUUCGCGUUCUACAGCAGCGGAGUGUAUGACGACGCAUCUUGCUCUCAGAGAGUGAACCACGCCAUGUUAGUGGUGGGCUACGGAACCCUAAAUGGAAAGCAAUACUGGCUGGUCAAGAACAGCUGGGGUCUUUCAUAUGGAGAAAAAGGCUACAUCCGGAUGGUCCGCAACAAAAACAACCAGUGCGGGAUCGCCAGUUUUGCCUGCUAUCCUGUCAUGUAG